AUGGACUCGCCAUGGGAUGAAAACAGCGACAACAAUGUGAUAAAGGAUACAGAGUGGUCGAGGAUCUCUUCCGAAUUCACGAAUGUUGGCUAUCGUGAAGGAAUCACCGCUGGGAAGGAAGGGGCUCUCCAGGAAGGGUUCGACUCUGGUUUUGCGGACACCGGUGCUCCGAUAGGCAGAGAACUUGGGCUCCUUCGUGGAAUCUCGUUGGCCAUCUUGAUCUUUCUUCAAACACUUCCCGUAAUUGAGAACUGGAAACUCGUGGAUGAAGCUACAGACAUAUCAUCACAGCUAUCUAGGAUCCGAUUCUCCGACAUCAUGCCUCGCGAUUUAGAGGCUGAAGAACACGCGCGACAGCACCUAGAGGCCGAAGGUGUGGAGCUAGAUGAGAACGAGGAGAUCGCGGCGAAGCGCGAUGUGGAAGGGAUUGAAGACAUGCUGGCGAAUUUGGUAGCUGGUGGUGCCACUUCCACCUCGUCAAGCAAUAGACCUACUGUGGAGGACAUCUACGCGCUGAAAACGCGCCUGUCUUGGUUGGGUGAACGGCUCAAGCUGAGCUUCGAUUGGAACUAG